AGUUCACAUUCGCUUCAGAAAAUGCACUCUGUCUCAUAUAUGAUAUCGAUCUCGAUAUCACCUGAUCCGCACAAUCAGCGGAAUCAUGUCUUGUGCGGUAUGCCGGUGAUCGCUCUUGAAUCUAUCAAUGUCCUCGAAUCCAAUUGCGCUCCAUGCGGCUAAGGUUGACGUGGAUCCCCGCUCUCGUAAUGUUUAUAAUACCACGUGAGUCAGGCUGUGUCAUUUCAUCACCCUGGUCAACGAUGUUUAUCAUUGCGCGAUCUAUGGGAUUGAAACUGUCUAUGAAAAUCAAUCUAUUGGCCGUAUCGCAGCUUCUGCUUGCACUUGAAGCAUUAUCCGCUCCGACAAACACCGGAUCUGGAUCCAUCGUCAACUUGGGUUAUGCCCAGUACCAGGGAUCAGUUGACACAGCAACAAACACUACCAGCUUCCUUGGAAUACGGUACACGGCUCCUCCAGUCGGCGACUUGAGAUGGGCAGCCCCGCAGCCUCCACCAACCGUCUCUGGGGUUCAACAAGCUACUGCGGAACCGAAUAUGUGUUAUCAAGCAUCCGUAGGCAACUCUUCGACGAAUCCUCUUGAAAGCGCCUCUAUGAGGAAAAGGGCUGUCAGUAUGUCUGAAGACUGUUUAUUCUUAAAUAUAUACACUCCUGGGAGUGAAGUGGUGGCCACUUCGUCAGGAGGGCUCCCAGUUGUCGUUUUCAUUCAUGGAGGAGGGUAUAUUGGAGGAUCUGCAAGCGUAUAUACUGGGGCAGAUCUAAUUGUGGAAUCGAAUCACGGUGUCAUCGCUGUCUUAGUCCAGUACCGCCUUGGUUUAUUUGGUUUCCUUCCUGGAGAAGCGGUCAAAGAAGGGGGUGCACUCAAUGCCGGACUGCUCGACCAGAAUUACGCGUUACAGUGGGUACAGGCCUACAUAAGUAGCUUCGGUGGCGACCCCACGAAGGUUACGAUCUGGGGAUUGUCUGCUGGUGCCGGCUCCGUGCUACAGCAUCUUGUUGCUCAUGGAGGAAAUACGCAGCCUCCACUCUUCCGUACUGCCAUGACGAGUUCCACAUUCUUGCCAUCCCAGUACAACUAUAAUGACCGAAUUCCGGAGAUGCUGUACAAUGAGGUCGUUGAUGGAGCAAACUGUACUUCAAGUUUGGAUACCCUCUCUUGUUUGCGCACUGCAGACGUCAAUACGCUGGAAACGUUGAAUUAUAACAUCAACAUCAACGGCUUCUUUGGCUCGUUCGUAUUCGUCCCUGUUGUUGAUGGCACAUUCAUCUUGGAGAGGCCUACCGUGACAAUCAGCAAGGGUCGUUUGAAUGGUAACCAUCUCCUUGCCAUGACCAAUUCGCACGAGGGGAACAUAUUCGUGGAUCAAUCGACGACAUUAGAUGUCGCAGAUUAUGUCAAAAUGCUUUUCCCGAACUUUGGUUCUGCCCAGGCUGCUGGAGCAGUGACGAUGUACCAGGACCAGGGAAGUAACGUUAAUCAGGCAAACCUUGUGAUGGGUGAAUCCAUAUUCGUUUGCCCUACUUAUGAUCUCCUCAAAGUGUUUGGACAGCGGGCUUGGAAGGGCGAGUUUGCAAUCCCACCUGGCCUGCACGCAACUGAUGUUUCAUACUAUUUCACUUCGUAUGGGGGUGGCCCUGCAUACAACAAUUCCCAGUUCAUCACUGCUUUCUCGAAUUCAUUCAUGGCUAUGGUCAUGUCCAACACUCCCGACGAUAGAUACUCUCCAGGGGAUAUCACACCUUCCUGGAAAUCUUGGCCACAUGGUUCCACAGAGAUGAUGUUCAAUGAGACAUCCGUAGGAGUGCCCGACGUGUAUACUUUCAAGACCGAUAAAGCCUUGCUCGAGCGUUGCGCCUACUGGCGGAGCGUGUCGGCGUAUUCGGUGCAGUGAAUGGAAAUUGAGCUCUGUUAUGUUCCUCCUUCACGACAAUCUAAGAUACAACUGAGUGAGACCUAGUUUAUUUAAUGCUACAAAACCUCGUUCAUGUGCACUAAUACUGCUUUCAUCCGCAAGGCUCACCCAGCCUUCUCAGUUUUCCAAUAGCUAAAAUACAUUAUUCUCAGUGUAACCACCAGCGUGCAGACCCAUUCAUAGGAUGAUGUCCAAUUCCGUGGUCCGCUGCCACUAAAAAGUCGUCUUCU